AUGGAUCUGUCGCCUAGAGGGGAGGCAGCGCUUUCAACGGUUUCUUUUCCGGAGACACCGACACCUCCAACGGGCAUGGCAGCACCAGGCCGCACUCAUUCGUGCCACUCGAGGUUAGCCAACGCUGGCGUUGGGAGCGCCGGCAAGGCCUGCGGCGGCGGCGGCGGCGACGAGAGCACCAAGGCGAACAGCUCGGCGCGCAACAAGUGUCCCCUGUCUCCACCAAGGCCCCGGUUGAAAACAGCUUGCAAGCCCAGCCCGGCUAGAAGCGCGGCUGCUGUCAUCCUCGCAACCCUCCUCGGCGGGCAGCAGCAGCCGUCACCAGACGACGGCACGGCCUUGCCAUGCCUGCAGGCGGCGGUAGAAGACAUGGCCAACCCAACCUCUUCCGGCAACAGCAACGAAGGAACAAACGGGGCGGCGCUUGGCGCGCAGCCGCAGCAGCAGUGGACGGGUGGGCAGCAGCAGCCGGGGGCGGAGGGCGCGACACCGGCGGUUGUCGGCCGGGAGGGGGCCGGCGGUAACGCCGGCGGCGUGGAGGGGCUCCCGCGGGCGGCGGGUCAGCCGCAACGCCUGCAGUGGGGGGCGCGCGAGGACGCCUCCGUUGGUUCUCCGCAGAGGGAGUCGCCGCCGCCGUCUCUCGGAGGCGACAAGGGCGGGGAGGCCCGCCAACAAGGCGCCAACCACCACGGCGGUGGCGGAGGUGGAGGCGGCGGCAGCGGCGGCAGCGGCGGCGGAGGCAGGAGGCGGAGGCGGCGGCAGCAGGAGCGCCGCCGCUCGCCCCGCAAGCGGUCUUACGCCGACGGCGACCGGCGUUGCGGCGAUAGCAGCGGCGAAGGCCGGGCGCGGAGCCAGCUCUUCUGCGCCGGUGGGGGUGGAGGUAACAACAACAAUACCACCCCCAGGGGGAGGGACUCGGAAGCACCGCUCCCGCUCCCGCCACCGCCGCCGCCUCCCGCGGUGGCCGGGGCUUGGACUCCAUCGCCGAAGGGUGUCGCCGCCGGCAGCGGUAGCGUAAGGUCGAUGGCCGGCCCGGGAGGGAGCGGCAGCGGCGGCAACGGCCGGGGUGAGGCCGUGGUGACGCCGUCGGUGCCGGAGAGUGGCGGCGGCGGUGGCGGGCUGCUCUUCUGUAGGGAGGACCUUGGGGCGGCGGGAUCGGGGUUGGGGGACGACCUUGGGUACAGCAGCUACUGCCGGAAGGACAAGUCUCUCGGCCUUCUCUGCGGACGGUUUGUGGAGGUGUACGGGCACAGCCAGCACUUUCGUGACCGGGUUGCGGGAGGCGGCCCCGUUGCGGGAGGCGGCCCCGUUGCGGGAGGCGGCCCCGCUGCCGCCGCGGGCGGUAAGAAGGGUGACAAGGGGGAUGGCGAGGAGGGGAUGAUCGAGCUCGACAAGGCGGCGGCCGAGCUGGGCGUUGCGAGGCGCAGGAUCUACGACGUGAUCAACAUCUUGGAGAGCGUCUGUGUGGUCACCCGCGCGAGGAAGAACACCUACAGGUGGCACGGCAAGAAGAACUUGAUCCUGACCCUUCGACAGCUGCAGAGGACGGCCACCCACGUGUUCCCCGAAGAAGUGGCCAAGAACGGCAUGACCGAGUGCCUCAAGCAGGCCAAGCUCAUUGGCAACGCGGUUGGUUCUCUCGGAGGUCCCAGGGCUGACGGAACAAAGGAGAAGAGCCUAGGCGGUCUCUGCCGGCGGUUCGUGCAGCUCUUCCUCGUGGGCAACGACGUCGUCAGCGUCGGCGAAGCCGCAGAGAAACUCUCCGAGCCCAGCGACGUGGCUGGGUCAACCGUGGUGUUCAAAACCCGGGCGAGGAGGCUGUACGACAUCGCCAACGCUCUGGCUGCACUUGGCCUCGUGGAUAAGGUCCGUUCCAAAGACUCGUCCUCGAAGGGCAACGAUGUCGAGAACGCGGGGCUCGGCACCGCCGGCUGCGCCGGAGACGCCUGGGCCGAGAAUGAUCUCAACGACAUGGGGGGGGUGUGGACUCCCCUCGCUGCUGCCGUGGAGGGCUUUGAGACCGAGGUCGGGUCGGAGUCGAGACGAAGCAGACUAAGACGGCCUUCGUUCGAAGGCAUGAGCCCUCCGUCCACCCUCGCGUCCACGCGGUGGGUUUCUCCAUCCGACACGCCGUACGCCACGAACGCGGACGUUGCCACCAACGGAUGUAGCGGCGGCAACGCCGCCAAGGCGCCCACCCCUGCCGCCGCCGCCGCCGCCGCUGCUGACGGCCCUAAGGCCGCCGCCGCCGCCGCUCUUUCGUCGUCGUUUAUGGCGCCGGAGGGGCCGUCGGACGUCAUGUCGGACCAGGGAAGCCCCGUCGACCCGCGCCAGGUGAUGCGCGAGUUCCCGGACCCGGGCUCCUACGACGCCCCCUCCUCCUCCUCCUCCUCCUCCUCCUCUAACUCCGUCGAGCGGUGGGCGAGGAAACGCCGCAGGUCCGUUCCCCGGUACGACAACGACGACGACGCCUGGCUCGCCCACCAAGGGGACGGAGACGGAGGAGGGGGCGAGAAAAAGAAGGAGGACGACGCGUUCUCGACCGCGCAGCUCAAGGCGGCCAAGUCGGCUGCGGUAGCGGCCUCCAAGAUGGCAGAGGCGCGCGCCGCCGCCAUCACUACUACUACUACUACCCCCGGGCGGGCGGCGGCUGCGCCGCCGCCUCCGCCGCCGCCGUCGUCCGGCGGUGGCGGAGGCGGCCGCAAGAGGGCCAGGAACCGUUCGGUGGGUGUUGCGGUGGCCGGGACGACGAUGACGACUAACGCGGGGUCUUGCCGGGGAGGGGUGUCGACCCCUAACACACGCCCGGGCGCCUCCGCCGCGGCGUCGUCGUCGUCGUCGGGUAGCAGAGGCGGUGUUGUUGCGCGGGCGUUGAAUGCCGCCCCCCCAUCCCGCGCGCGCAACAACGAUGCCGUCGGGCGGAAGCAGGGGGGGGCACGCGGCGGCGGCAAGGCCGGCGGCGGCAAGGCCGGCGGUGAGGGGGCUAUGAUGGACGGCGAUGCCCAGGGGGGCGCGGUGCGGUGGUUCUCUCUAGGCGGGGGGGGCGCGGCCGUCGCGGUGACUCCGGAGGAGAGCCCCCUCGCUCCUCCGCCCGACCCCUCCUCCAUGAAGGAGUGUCUGGAUGAGUACAUGGAGACCUACACGGAGCAGUGGAACAGCUGGCGAGAUGGCGGGACGGGCGACUUCCGCCCGCCCGCCUUCCUGUCGCCUGGGCUCGGAGCCGCCUUCGGCAGCAGCCCGACCAGCCCCACGUUCUUCGCGAGCCCCCCCCCCCUGCCGCCGGUGGCGAGUAGUAGCGCCUUCAGCAGGAGUUCCCAGGACUGGGGCAGUGACGAGGCGGGGGCGGAUGGGUCCCCCGC